AAAAACUAAAUUGAUUUCUAUGUCUCCUUCGUCAUGGCAGUGCCAGAGCUAAAUGUACUUCUUUAAUUUAUGUUUAAAUAAUAAACAUAAUUUAUAAUAAAUUAUUAAUAUUAAUUUGAUUGAUAUUAUUUAAUUGUAUUUAAUAUUCUCUAAUAAGUAGACAAGCUCACAUUAUUGGUGCCCCGUGUGAGGCACAAUAUUCAUUUCACCAUAAUUUUGGUUAAAUCCAAAAAGUCUGAUUCCACUUCUAAACAAACCAAAAGUGUUUACAUUCUACACCACUAGUCUUCCACAGGAGUAGAAGUCCAGCUGUUCUUAUAAACAAGUGCACUGUGGAAAGAAUUGUAAUUUGAGAGGUUUUAACACUUUAAACCCUCAUAGUGUUACUUUAAGAACUUGCUAUUGCUGUUAAUUCAAGUUAACCUACUCCAUAGAACUUAUAGGAAUUUGGUUCAGCAUAUGAAUACGAGGUAUUCAAUGCAAUUUAGUCGUUGUAUUGUUGUUCCCAUACAGCCCAAUGCUGCUCAGGCUGCUUGGCAAGCCCAGCCAUCUGCGGAGAUAGCUGCUCACCUUGCACUCAAAGCUUUCCACUAUGGACAUGAGGACUUCAUAAAUGAGCAGGGGCCAAAGGAUUCUUGGGAGGAACCCCUGUCGGUAGAACCAGGCUUUGAAUCUUCCGGGGAGCCCAGACUUGUCUACCGUUCUCAACCAGCCCUCCAGGUCGGCAGUCCUUCAGGCUGCAGCUGAAGACCCUCCCGAGACUCUUCACUAGUUUUUGCACUUGGGCCUGGUUCAGAGCUAGACCUAACCCUCCUCACCACUUCCUCCAUUUUACUCAGGCAGGGCUCCUUCAGAUUGAAGUCAGCUGAUGUCUCUGGUGGUGUUAUCAGCGCAUUACAUGGACCCAGUGGUUGGCCUCUCCUGGUAUUACUGUAGGUACACUUGAGGUGAUAGUUGAUGGCGACUCUAGAGCAGGUCAAGCGGCCGGUCCUCUUCUGGCCAUGGAGCUGUUUAGUCGGUCAGGAAUGUUGCUCUCUUUCUUGCCCUCUCUCUCUCUCUGCCUCCUUCUAUGGUUCUCAACUCUCCACAGGGAUAGGAGCUCCUUCCUGAGGAUCGCCUGAAGAUCUGGUAAACCGGCCUUCUGGUCCUCUUCUUCUCAUCUUCUUGAACUGCCUCUUGAGCGAACUGAGCUGCUGGAUUAUCCUUGCUCGAUGGUUUGGAGCAUAGGCCGAUGGUGCAGGCUUGGAUGCCUCGGUCCAAAACUGCUUAGCUGCGAUGUUCACUAGUUUUCAGCCAGCAGUCCAUGUUCCCGCUGGCAUUCCCUUCCAAGUUGCGGUGAUCGUUUGCAUCAAACUACUGCCACUCAGCUUUCUUUCUGGACUGGAGACAUUGGAUCCUUCUUUGGGUCCAUUAUAUUUCUAUAUUUUAUUUUACCUAAAAACUGUGGAGCUACUUUCUCUUUUCUCAUAUUUCCACUUUGAAGUGCUGUAAGGCAGUGGCCCCCAACAUGGGGGUCAGAACCCUCAGAAGAUAGACCUGAUGGGUCAUGAGAUGAUUAUCAAGUUUGCAUCAUAGAAAUGGCUGAAAAAAACACUUAACAUAAUUUCCUUAUGUUUGCUUUUUCUUGUGCAACACUGGAUAGUUUUAUGUCUCCUCCCCUGAUGGUCAGGGAGCAGAGAAAGCUGCAAACCCACCCGACCUGCUCAGCUAAGACCUGUUUGAUCUGUACUGUUUGCCCACGGCGAACCCACCCCCCCGGCAUGAACCCACCCUGGCGGACCAUCCUGGUCUGAGGAGGGGAGUGGGAUGGGAGUGGGAUGGGAGUGGUUGAGGCAUAAAAGGAGCCACCGUCCCAGCAGCUCUUCACUCUCCGCUCAGAGCCGCCGACCAGCCGACCCUCAGCCAUGACCUCCUUCUCCAGCCGCAGCAGCUACGUGUCCUCCCCCAUGAGGAGCUCCAUGAUGGCCCCCUCCUUGUCCUCCUCCUCCCGCCGGGUCAGCAGCAUGGGGGCCGGCAGCGUAUACGGAGGAGCCGGAGGGUCUGGAGUCCGGGUCUCCCAGGCCUCCUUCUCCUCCUCCGCCGGUGCCUUCAACCUGGCCGACGGCGCCGCCGACAUGUCCAUCAGCGAGAAGGCCACCAUGCAGAACCUCAACGACCGCCUGGCCACCUACCUGAACAAGGUGCACAGCCUGGAGAAGGCCAACGCCGAGCUGGAACUGAAGAUCAGACAGUUCCUUGAGAGCAAGACCGAACCUGAGGGUCGCGACUUCACCGCAUUCAAUGUCACCAUCAAAGACCUGCAGGACAAGAUCAACUUUGCUUCUCGUGGAAACGCCGCAUUUGUCCUCGCCACCGACAACGCCCAGCUGGCCACAGACGACUUCAAAGUCAAGUAUGAGAACGAGCUGGCCAUGCGUCAGUCGGUGGAGGCCGACAUCGCCGGGCUGAAGAGGGUCCUGCAAGAGCUGACCCUGAACCGGUCCGACCUGGAGAUUCAGGUGGAGGGUCUGAAAGACGAGCUGAUGCAGCUGAAGAAGAACCACGAGGAGGACCUGCUGGCUCUGCGGGCCCAGAUGGGAGGUCAGGUGAACGUGGAGGUGGACGCCGCUCCUCAGGAGGACCUGUCCGCUGUCAUGGACGGAAUCAGAGAACACUACGAGAACGUCGCCGCCAAGAACCGCAGAGACCUGGAGGCCUGGUUCCAGGCCAAGACGGCCGAGCUGAACAAACAGGUGGCUGUGGGCACUGAGACGCUGCAGACGUCCAGGUCUGAGAUUUCAGAGGCCAGAAGAAUUCUUCAGACUCUGGAGAUCAAACUGCAGGCUUCCAUCAGCAAGAAAGGAGCUGUGGAGGCGACUCUGGCUGAGACCAGGAGCCGCUACGCUAACAUGCUAGCAGGUUACCAGAGGCAGGUGGAGGCUCUGGAGGAGCAGCUGGCCCAGCUGAGGGCCAACCUGGAGAACCAGAAGGUCAUGUACGCCGAACUGCUGGACAUCAAGACCAGACUGGAGAUGGAGAUCGCCGAGUACAGGAGGCUGCUGGACGGAGAGAUCAGCUCCUCUUCCAGGUCGGUGACCAUCACUCAGGAGAUCAACUCAGUUACACCAGAAUAAAACCAGAAUCACCGACCGGUCAGACGCCGAGUCUGUCUGACACUCUUCAAUAAAAAUGAAGUCUGACAUUG